AGUACAGUAUUAAUACAGAGCGAGCCAAUCACGUGGCUCCAAAAAUCGUUCGCAAUUGGCUUCGUUCGGUUGUGUCUUGUGACGGUGCACGGUGGCAGGCCAUCACCCCUGCUUUUAUACGGCCAACAGACUUCCAGGCAAUUCUUUUCUGUUCCUUGCUCUGCCAAAACCAGCUUGAUGCUCGGGCCUCAUCUCAAGAUGGUUAUCUUUGGACCCGGCGCUGCUUACGCCGCUUGCACCGCCGGCUGAGCCUGACCUGGAGUCCAAAAUGAACUGGGGAUCCUUUUAUGCCGUGAUCAGCGGCGUAAACAGGCACUCUACGGGCAUCGGACGUGUUUGGCUUUCCGUCAUCUUCAUCUUCCGUAUACUGGUCCUGGUGGUCGCAGCUGAGAGUGUUUGGGGAGACGAGAAGUCCGGCUUCACCUGCAACACCCAGCAACCCGGCUGCAACAGCGUCUGUUACGACCAGUUUUUCCCCAUUUCGCACAUCCGCCUGUGGGCUCUCCAGCUCAUCCUGGUCUCCACCCCCGCCCUGCUGGUGGCCAUGCAUGUUGCCCACCGACGCCACAUCGACAAGAAGCUCAUGAAGAGGGCUGGACGCAGCAGCCCCAAGGAGCUUGAACAAAUCAAGAACCAGAAGUUUCAGAUCAUCGGAGCGCUGUGGUGGACUUACAUGAUCAGUAUUAUCUUCAGAAUCAUCUUCGAGGUGGCUUUCCUCUACAUCUUCUACUCCAUCUACCCUGACUUUAAGAUGUUCCGUUUGGUGAAGUGUGACUCGUACCCGUGCCCCAACACGGUGGACUGUUUUGUGUCUCGACCAACAGAAAAGACCAUUUUCACUGUGUUCAUGCUGGCAGUGUCUGGGGUGUGUGUGCUGCUAAAUGUGGCAGAGGUGCUGUACCUCAUAGGCAGGGCCUGCAAACGCUGCUUAGGAGGCUCGGAGGAUGAGUCCAAGGGAGCCUGGAUAAGUCAAAGAUUGUCUUCUCACAGGCAAAAUGAAAUCAAUCAGCUGAUAGCAGACCAUUCUCUCAAGUCCAAGUUCACUGUGACCAAAAAGAGCCCGACUGAGAAGGGUGAAAGGUGUUCUGCUUUCUGAGACUCUCCAGUUCCCUUUAAACUAACCGACAGUAAUCACACACGUCCCUGAAACAGUUUGCUUUGUCACCGUGUACUGUAUAUAAGAUCAGCAUACAUGCAGAUUCUGUUCUAUUUAUCGUCCAGUCAAUCCCUUAUUGAUGCAUCUUUUCUGUUUUGUUUUCUGACACUAGCUGCUGGCAAAACUCAUCUAAACUAUUUGGAGCCAGUUAUGAAGGUUAAAGGACCAUACCCGUGUUUUUGCUGAUGCUGUGGCACAUUUACUAAAAACAUACAGAGUUGCUGCUGUCAACACUUUGCCAGUGAGUGGUUUCAUCUGAACGUAGUAUGAGAAGCAACUUUGUCAAGGCACAACCUAUCUUUAGCUAAAGAACAUACUGUAAAAUAAUGAUAAUGCGAUUAUUUCUUGACACUACAGUUAAAAUAUCCACUUUACAGGUGGUGAGUUGGUAUAUCAGAAACAGGCUAUUGUUGCUAAUGAGCUGUAUUUCCAUUCUUUGGUUAAUACAAUUAAUCCCUAUCAAGCAAACAUUCGUCUUAUAAGUGAUAACUGAAAGAGCAAAGUAGCUGCCUGGAUGGUAAAAAAAAACACUGAAUAAAAAAAAAGUGAUCAAAUCUAUUCAGUUUUUCUGGUAAAUCAGCCAAAACAUGCAACAACACGGGUAUGAACUUGUAUUUAAAGAAGCUAUGGUACUGUAGAGACAAAAUGCUGGUAACAAAGUGAAUUUUCUAUUUAUGUCAAGUAUUUGUUAAUAUAAACCAUAUUUGAUUCUUGGCCGGGUCACAGCUGGGUAAUGCAGAAAAAGAAUUUAUGUGAGUAAAUGUCAUUAACAGCGCUUUGCGUUAACAACACUAUGCUUCCAUUUUAUUAGACACUGUUAGUGAUUUGAUGUCGCUUUGCUUCAUGCAGACCGCUGUGACUUCUAUACUACUUACCAUACUGCUACUCAGAUUUGACAGUUGGUGCUAGAAAACCAAAGAAAACAUUUCAUUGGAUAUAAUUAUUCUUCCAGAAGUUAUUCAAAUAAGUAUUCAUUUGAAAAUAUAGAAAAAUGUUUUACUCUGCGGGCCUAAGAGUUGUGUGGACAGUGUAGUAUGAGUGGUGCACAGAGUUCACAAUUCUGUGACUUCAAUGACUCUACUAAUAUUUACAUCUUAUUCCAUCUUCACUUGAUGACUUGGCCACUUUAAGAAAGUUGUGAAUCCAAGUACUGUACAUAUAUGUUAGGGUGUGUAAAUACUGGAUUCUACCUACUUCAUUUAUUGCAGCUUUUUGUUUUAGAUCAUCUUUAUAUUUGUUUUUUGGAAAUAUAUUUAUUCUACCGUCUUCCUAACUCACAUCCAUGGCUGGUGCCCUCACCUUCCUUAUUAUUUCCUUGCAGAGUUUAUUGUUGAGUAUCCCUUUGUUCCUGAAAAUGGAAUUGAUCUUACAAAGGUUUCUGUUUAUGCAACUGUUUGAUUAAGAAGUGAUUUAUUUUGAAAUGCAUUCAAACCCCCUCAUGUUGGCAUUUGUGCCUAAAUGUACAUACAUUACUUUAUAUCCGGGUCAACAAUCCAUUGAAUAGAUAACUUGGGUUGAAACUAUAUGUGAACGGUGUGUAAUAUAAAGAAAUAAACUGCCUGAUCGUUCAA